AUGAGCCUCUCCGUUGGGUCGGAUCGGUUCUGUGAUGUCACGGGGCUGUUUAACGAAGAGCCUCUCCGUUGGGUGCAGCGUGGGGAGCAGCAGUGUAGUUCCUCGGUGGGGUCUUGCGGUGUGGACUCGUCGUCCAGUCGCAGCGGCGUCCAGGACAGUGGGUUCGGCAGCGACAGCGCCAGGAUCCGUAUCGUCCAGAUGGAGCAGCAGAGUGGAGGCUCCCACCACCUCAUCGCUAGACCCUCCAGGAAGUCCACCGUCGUCAAGAACCUCUCCUUCGUCCCCUUCGACGUCUUCCUGACCGCGAGUAAACUCUCUCUCAUGACCUACGCCUGCUCCACUCUAGCCAAGACCCCCCCCGCCUCGCCAGAGAAGAAGGAUGGAGACGGGACGACAGGGAAGAGUUCCCUGAACCAGCCAGACACCAUCCCUACCUCCUCCUCCUCCCCCAACCCAGGCCCUCCUACCCUGGUCCCUCUGUCAGGCCUGACAGCAGAGGACCUCCUGAACAGUAACACCGUUCCCCAGGAGCCCCGCGGUUCCCUCCUCUCCCUGGACUCCCUGUCCGCCCCCAGCCGCUCCUCGGCCCGCCAGGCCCUGGGGGUCACCAUCGUGAGGCAGCCUGGGAGGAGAGGGGCUGGAGACCGGGUCCUGGAGCCUCUACUGUACCUCCAGGUGGUCCAGCCGUCGGCCCUGCUCAGCUGUCACCACCGUAAACAGAGGAUGGACGUGUCUGUGUUCGAUGUGUCUCUGAGGGGAGUCUCCUCUGACUAUAAGUGUCUGGAUCCAGGGAAGUCUCUCCCAGAGGUAUUAGACUACAGUGUGUUGUGGGUCCAGACAGUAUCAGGAGAGUCUGACAGUCAGACAGGUGUUCCUCCUCCUCUGGCCUGUCUGCAGAUAAGAGACUUCCUCAGUGGACCAGCGGAGCUGAACGUGGAGCUGUCCCGGCCCCUGAAGGUGAACCCUACGCUGGUGAAACUGGAGCAGACCAAGGCCUACCUGAAGAGGGUUCUACCUCAUCACUACUGGGAGUCUCCCAAACCCCCUCUACCCCUCAUUCCUCCCCCAGUGUCCCUCCGCACCGCCCAGAUCGUGGUUGUCAUGGAGACCGAGUCGCACCCUGCCCGGCCCAGCCUGACCUGGUCGGUGUCGGCUAUGAAGGGUACCAUGAACAUGAAGACUGGGCCCAAGUUAGACGGGGCAGCUCAGGUUCCUCUACCUCUGCUCUAUGAGGACUACACCUCGAGGCACCUGGGAAGUGAAGUCCCAGUACAGUUCUAUGAGGACUACACCUCAAGGCACCUGGGAAGUGAAGUCCCAGUACAGUUCUAUGAGGACUACACCUCGAGGCACCUGGGAAGUGAAGUCCCAGUACAGUUCUAUGAGGACUACACCUCGAGGCACCUGGGAAGUGAAGUCCCAGUACAGUUCUAUGAGGACUACACCUCGAGGCACCUGGGAAGUGAAGUCCCAGUACAGUUCUAUGAGGACUACACCUCGAGGCACCUGGGAAGUGAAGUCCCAGUACAGUUCUAUGAGGACUACACCUCGAGGCACCUGGGAAACCCGGUCCAGUCAGUCUCAGUGCUGUUGGAGCUGCAGGAUAUCCUGUUGAGGACGGGUCUGAAGGAUCGGAGCCGCCUGCUGCUGGGGCCUUUCUCCUGUAGCGCCGCCCUAGAGGCCAGGUGGUGUAGGCACAGCAGCAGUCCUGAACCUGAGACUGGGACCCCUAAACUACUGCUGGACCUGAAGGGAGGCCUACUGCAG